GAAUUAGUUGUGCAUUGGCUGCCGAACGUGAACGCGAGAGCAGAUGAAUUCAGUGCCUCGAGUGGUCGGCAGAACGCGUACCCACAUAACCUAGGGGCCCCCCAGUCAAGUAAAAUCCAAAUAGAAAACAGCCCGAAAUUCAACAAUUGUUUGGCGAGCCAGCCGAAAUGUUUGCCCAACUCAAGUUUGGCCAAUACAAACAGUGAACGGGUCGCGUAGUCCGACGUAGUCCAAACAACGUAAGCGCAACACGUGCACGAAAUUUUCAAUAACGGUUAAAUGCAAUUUGCUGCUGAAAUGAAAAACGGGUGGAAAAACUGAGCACUUGCCUUUAGCAACUAUGUACGAACAGGAGUGCGCCAGUGUUGCCACAAAGUGUUGAACGUGCUUUUGCGAUGAUGCCGUUUCGCAGGACGAUUCGAUCAUUAUAAACCGCAAUCCAUAUUUGUGCACAAACACAACGCUUCCAAAACGAAGGCCAAUACACACAAAUCUCUUCCAAGCACAAGGAUUAACAAGGACAGUCGAAAAACCUAAAAUAAGAAUUCGCCACCAUGCUGUUAAUCCGAAAAACCGUCGCAUCCGUAGCCACUUGCGCCAUAUUAUUGCUGCUUGUCUAUGUGAAGGGGCAUACCUUUGCACUGGCCACAUCCCGCCAGGAUGUGUCCCAAGAAUCCGACUCCACGCUCAAUGGUACCAGUCUCCAGUCCAGCAUUGAACAAAUUCGAAGUCGGCAAAAGCGCGCUGUCGAGGAUGUCACCGAUGACGAUGAAGAGGUCAUCACAAGUCAGGUUAGAGGAGGUAGGGAGGCUAGUGAAAUCGGGACCUGUUCUGAGGGUCUGGUGCUGCCUCUGUGGAUGCCCCAGAGCCCCAUCACAAGUGGUGAUCGUGCCAUACGCGGCUUUGUCUACUUUAUGCUGAUGAUCUAUUUGUUUGUGGGCGUGUCUAUCAUAUCGGAUCGCUUCAUGGCGUCCAUAGAGGCUAUCACCUCCAUUGAGCGCAACGUGACCGUCAAAGGUCCCAAGGGUGAGAAGCAAACGAUGCGCGUACGCAUCUGGAACGAAACUGUGGCCAAUCUAACGCUCAUGGCGCUCGGCUCGAGCGCCCCAGAGAUUCUACUCUCCGUGAUCGAAAUCUAUGCCAAGAAUUUUGAGAGCGGCGAUCUGGGUCCGGGCACAAUUGUCGGCUCCGCCGCCUACAAUCUGUUUAUCAUCAUUGCCCUCUGCAUGGUGUUGAUACCGAAGGGUGAGACGCGACGCAUACGUCAUCUGCGGGUGUUCAUGGUGACGGCCAGCUUAUCGGUGUUAGCCUAUGUCUGGCUGUGGGUCAUUCUCUCGGUCAGUUCGCCGGGCAUCGUUGAGGUCUGGGAGGGUCUGGUCACGCUCAUCAUGUUCCCCUUGACGGUACUAUGGGCAUACAUUGCGGAACGCCGCUUGUUGGUCUACAAAUACAUGGACAAGAACUAUCGGAUGAAUAAACGAGGCACAGUCGUUGCUGGAGAGCACGACUCGGUCGAGAUGGGUGGCGAUGAACCGAAACGUUUGGUCAAUAUUAAUUCGAGUGCAAAUGCGUACAAUGAGGCGCGAUUGGAGUAUAUACAGCUGCUGGCGGAGCUGCGACAGAAAUAUCCAGAUGCUGAUCUGGAUCAGCUGGAAAUGAUGGCACAGGAGCAGAUGAUAUCGCGCGGCAAUAAAUCACGUGCCUUCUAUCGCAUCCAGGCCACACGCAAACUCAUCGGCAGCGGGAAUCUGAUGCGUAAAAUUCAGGAACGUGCACACGACGAUCUCACCCAGGUAAAGGCUCAACUUCAUCAAUUCAGCGAUGAUGACGAUGAGCCUACACGCAUCUACUUUGAGCCCGGACAUUAUACGGUCAUGGAGAAUUGCGGUGAGUUCGAGGUGCGCGUUGUCCGACGCGGCGAUAUAUCCGGCUACUCCAAGGUCGAGUUCGAGACACAGGACGGCACUGCCUCGGCCGGCUCUGAUUAUGUUGGCAAAAAGGGGGCACUCACCUUUCCACCGGGCGUCGAUGAGCAGCGCUUCAAGAUCGAAAUCAUCGACGAUGACAUCUUUGAGGAGGAUGAAUGCUUCUACAUACGCCUGUUCAAUCCAUCCGAAAAUGUGAAUCUUGCAGUGCCACAAAUUGCCACCAUCAUGAUAUUGGACGAUGAUCAUGCGGGCAUCUUUGCCUUUGCCGAUUCCCUGAUCGAGGUAUCCGAGUCUGUUGGCGUCUAUGAUCUGGCCGUCAUGCGCUAUUCCGGCGCCCGCGGCACCGUUAUUGUGCCCUAUUGGUCCGAGGAUGUUACGGCAAUUGGUGGCCGGCACUUCGGUGAAGUGCGCGGCGAGCUGAUCUUCGAAAACAACGUAUCUGAGCAAUAUAUAUCCAUACCAAUAUUGGAGGAGAGCAAAUAUCAGAAGGAUGUCAAAUUCAAGAUGCAUAUUGGCGAACCGCGACUGGCGCCAGAUUCCGCUCACUACCAUGACACAAAUCAGGAAUCAUUUUUCAAUCGAUUUUUUGAAAAUCACACUGGAGAUCAUACUCACGAUGAACUAUUAGAGAAAAUCAAGGAGGCGGAACAAAAGUCACCCAAAGAUCUAACGGAACUGGAACGCAUCCUGCUGAUGAGCAGGCCACGAAAUGGAGAGCUGACCACCACAUACAUACGCAUUCGUGAGAGCCAGGAAUUCAGGGCUACUGUGGACAAGCUUGUCGCCCGAGCCAACGUUUCUGCCGUGCUGGGCACAUCCUCGUGGAAGGAGCAGUUCAAAGAUGCGCUCACCGUUGUGCCAGCGGAUGAGAGUGAGUUUGAUACCGAUGAAGAUGUGGAGGAGGAUGUACCAAAAUGCUUUGACUAUAUAAGCCAUUUCGUUUGCCUAUUUUGGAAGGUGCUCUUUGCAUUUGUGCCGCCCACAGACAUAUGCGGCGGAUAUGUCACCUUCGUUAUUUCCAUAUUCGUUAUUGGCGUUCUCACGGCCAUCAUCGGAGAUGCAGCCACCUAUUUUGGCUGUGUGCUCAACAUCAAGGACUCGGUAACAGCCAUUUGCUUUGUGGCCCUGGGCACCAGCAUACCAGAUACAUUUGCCAGCAUCAUUGCGGCCAAACAGGAUGAGACAGCCGACAAUUGCAUCGGAAAUGUGACGGGCAGCAAUGCGGUCAACGUGUUCCUCGGUAUUGGCCUGGCAUGGUCCAUUGCCUCGAUCUAUCACAUGGCGAAUGGCACAACGUUUAAUGUGGAGCCGGGCACCAUUGGCUUCGCUGUGGCGCUCUUCUGUGGCUCGGCCGUCAUCGCUGUUGGCGUCAUGAUGUAUCGACGUGUUAAUAAAUCCAUACGCGCCGAGCUGGGUGGACCCAAAACUUCUAAGUGGAUACAUGCAUCUAUUUUGAUAUCCCUGUGGUGUAUUUAUCUAGUCGUGAGCACACUGGAAGCGUACGAUAUCAUACAGAUAUAAAGCAGCCCAGACCCCAACAAACACUCACACACACACACACACACACACACACACACACACACACCUACACACCCAUUUAGAAUAGCUGUAGCGAAGCCGUAACAAUAAUCAAAA